GCUGCGGGCGCGAGGCUGUGGGGCUGGCACGAGCUUCUCUUCCGGGAGCGGUGGAGGCGUUUGGAGGCUGCGGCCCCGCUGGAGCUAGCGAACGAGGGAAGACAAAGUAAAGUACUACAGUGUAUUCAAAAAUUUUGUGAAUUCCUUGGCUUCAUACUUUGGGCUAACGAUGUCAGCUGAAUUACCACUAAAUAUUAAUAUCAAGGAACCACGAUGGGAUCAAAGCACUUUUAUUGGAAGAGCUAGUCAUUUUUUUACUGUAACUGACCCACGAAAUAUUUUGUUAACUAAUGAACAACUAGAAAAUGCAAGACAAAUUGUUCAUGAUUACAGAAAAGGAAUUAUACCACCUGGGCUUACAGAAAAUGAAUUAUGGAGAGCAAAGUAUGUUUAUGAUUCAGCUUUUCAUCCUGACACUGGUGAAAAGAUGAUUUUGAUAGGAAGAAUGUCAGCUCAGGUUCCCAUGAACAUGACAAUCACAGGCUGUAUGAUGACUUUUUAUAGAACUACCCCUGCGGUGCUUUUCUGGCAGUGGAUUAACCAGUCCUUCAAUGCUGUUGUGAAUUAUACAAAUAGGAGUGGUGAUGCCCCUAUCUCAGUUAGCCAACUGGGGACAGCAUAUGUAUCUGCCACCACUGGUGCUGUAGUAACCGCACUGGGACUUAACGCACUAACCAAGCAUGUCUCACCCCUUAUAGGACGUUUGGUUCCUUUUGCUGCUGUAGCUGCUGCUAAUUGCAUUAAUAUUCCAUUAAUGAGACAAAGGGAGCUCAAAGUUGGUAUUCCUGUUACAGAUGAAAAUGGAAACCGAUUAGGUGAAUCAGUCAAUGCUGCACAACAAGCUAUCGCACAAGUGGUGGUCUCGAGAAUUCUUAUGGCAGCCCCUGGCAUGGCCAUUCCUCCAUUUAUAAUGAACACUUUGGAGAAGAAAGCAUUCUUAAAGAGGUUCCCCUGGAUGAGUGCCCCCAUUCAAGUUGGAUUAGUUGGCUUCUGUUUGGUGUUUGCUACACCUUUAUGCUGUGCAUUGUUUCCUCAGAAAAGUUCGAUGUCUGUUACACGCUUGGAGCCAGAAUUGAAAGCCAAGAUUCAAGAGACCAGUCCUGAAAUAGAACGUGUGUACUUUAAUAAGGGAUUAUAAAUUGGGAGAAGACUUGAACAUUUUAAGGAUAAUCAUGCAAACCCAAAUACAUUAUGCCAGUGUGGGUAAAAAGAACUCUUUCACUUGUGUUCUUAUAACUAGUUAAUUAUUCCAUAGUGUCCAAAUUUACCUUAUUGACUAAAUCUGUUACUUAAAAUUAUACCUUAAUGCUAAGGACCUUGUUAUCCUUGUGAGCAAACCCAUCCUGUCACUUUUAGGGUUACUGUUUUGGAAGAAACUUUUAACAGCCCACAUCCAGCGCAAAACCGGGCACACACUAGGCACUUGAGAAAUAUUUUUUGAUCAAUUGAUUAAAAAAAGUUUACAUUAAAUAUCAAGCAAUGGAAGGUGAUUAAAAAAAAAUAGAUCCAGCUUGCAUCCCCCCUCAAGAGGACCUCCACACACAGAAGGGAUUCAGAGCAGGCCAGAGAUUAAGAGGAUGGAAUGCUGAAAUCAUCACUCUUGACAUGCAGCCUGCCGCUGCCUCUGUUACAUGCAGCACAGACCCAGAUUUCUACUUUUUUCUAUAGGCUCAAAUCAAAAGAUAAUUUACAGGCCUUUUUGUUUAAUAAAAUAAAGGCUAACCUUAUAAGCUCUCUCCUCUUGGUAAUUUUUUCAUUUGACAGUAUGGAUAAUAAAUUUCUUUUGGUAUAUCCCUUUGUUUUUAAAUUCCUAAGGAGGCAUCCACGUUCCUCUGUAAUAGUUGCUAUUAUUUACACUAUUACUAAUUACUUAAAUACAUUAUUUAAAAUCAUUUAAAGCUAUCAAACUUACAGUGUAUCAAUACUGUAUCUUAAAAGUGUAUUAAAAACUAAUAUUUAAUCAAGAUUUUCUGAUUUUCUAAAAUUAGUAUUUCAGCAAGCAUUUGCUUAUGUGUCCAGUUCUUUAUGUUGGCUUUUAUUUCAAGCUUUUCUUGGCUUUUAGAAAGACCAAGAAAACCUUGUAUUUUAUUAAUCAGUUAGUGACCUUACAAACUGUACUUGAAUGUUCUCUAUUACAUUCCAUCUUCUGUUUGAAUGUAGUCAGUAUGCACGCCCCUCUUUAUUUCAUCUGUAACAACUGGCAGUGUAAUAUAUUUGAUAUGGGAUUAGACAUUAAAUUCAAAUUUGUAGGUGUUCAGAGUAAUAUACAAGAUGAUUGAGUGUAUCACUGAAAGUAGAUUCUCGUUAUGCAGAGCCUAAAGAUAGCUAAUGUGUGGACAUUUAGAAAACAGUAGAAUACUGAGAUAUUUUUACUGUGUGAUCAGAGUAAAUUUUCUCACAAACAAGAUUUUUUUUACUUGUUUCUGUGUUUUUCAUCUGAAAGGAUUAACAGAUCUGAAGCUUUAGUCUCCUAGAAUGAUCUUUACCUGUAUCUCUUCCAUCAUUCUUUCACCUCACAUUUUUGUCUUAAAACUGUCUAGAUGGAGAAAAAUGGUUUCCCCAGGGCAUUCUGACAUUGGGUAUAUUUUAUUGCAAUAAACAUGUCUAGAAAAAUCUGACAUUCCACACAGACCUUUGCAGUUUGCUUGAUGGCUCUUUGAUUAAUUAUGUGCAUAAGCUCAAAUAAGGAUGCAAAGAAACCUCACGUAGCAUUCAUGAUGGUGGACUUCUGUUUAAGUGAACUGAUUUCCAGAUAUUCUGUUUGCCUCAAUUGACCUUGAAAGCCUCCCUGGUAAUUCAUUUGUAUCAUUAUUUCAAGAACCUAAUAGAUGAUUUGUAUAAAGUGUGUGUCUUUCACUAGUAAAAGACAUAUACUCAUUGAAAACUGAUAAAUUAUACACUCUUAAGAAAAUGUGACCAAAGCACAGACAUAAAGAUGACAAAUAUCAUGGAUAUAUUUUUUUUUAGGUUUGUUUAUUGAAGCUUCAGACUAUUAAUGGUUUUCAGCAGAUCAUUUAUCUGUACAGUUUCAUGGUAUUAAUAAGAAGAACAAAUGAGCAAAGCUCAGGCAAUUUAUGCUGGUCUUAUAGAAAAAAAUGUGUUUUUUUUAAAAAUUUAAAUAAAGUGCAAUAAGAUCCUAAAGCUGGUAAAGAUGAAUAGUUAUUAAUAUUUCUAUUAAUGCUCUAAAAGAGGAAUAUAAUUUUAAGUGAUGGCAGUGACUGAUGUUAUUAAUUUCAGUAUUAGCACAAUGUCUUGCCAGUGUUGAUGGAGUCAAUGUACUAUUUAAAUUCAACUGGAUGAAAUAUUAAAUAAACUCAAAUUGAAAUAAAA